AUGGCAUCCUCUGCUUGUACCAAACCCAUCUUCCCCUCCACCUUCACUUUCUCUUCUUCAGAUUGCACGUCAAAGUCUUCUCAUGUCUCAUUCAUCUCCACACCCAUCUUCCGUAAGCUCUCUCAUUCUAGCUCGAACCAUUCUCCACGUUCCUUGGUGGUCAACAAUGUUGUGAAAACAGUUGACCCGACACAAACCUCUGUGUCGAGCUCCAGCUCCUCCAAGGAUGUUGGGUCUCUGAGUCCAAAGCCCACGAUCUUGGUCUCCGAGAAACUUGGAGAAGCUGGCCUCCAAGUGUUACGUGGAUUUGGGCACGUGGAAUGCGCGUACGACCUUUCACCGGAGGAGCUUUGCACAAAGAUCUCAAGUUGUGACGCUUUGAUUGUGAGGAGUGGUACGAAGGUGACAAGGAAUGUGUUUGAAGCUGCAAAAGGAAGGUUGAAAGUUGUGGGAAGAGCUGGUGUGGGUAUUGACAAUGUGGAUCUGCAAGCUGCCACAGAGUUUGGUUGCCUCGUUGUUAAUGCUCCCACCGCCAACACUAUUGCUGCUGCAGAACAUGGGAUCGCUCUCCUCGCCGCCAUGGCCAGGAAUGUUGCUCAGGCUGACGCCUCCAUCAAAGCUGGAAAAUGGGAAAGAACCAAGUACGUGGGUGUUUCUAUGGUUGGGAAGACAUUAGCAGUGAUGGGGUUUGGAAAAGUUGGAUCUGAAGUAGCGAGGCGUGCAAAAGGGUUGGGAAUGAAUGUGAUUGCUCAUGACCCCUAUGCACCAGCUGAUAGAGCCCGUGCCAUUGGUGUUGAUUUGGUGUCAUUUGAUCAAGCCAUCUCCACUGCAGAUUUCAUCUCCCUCCAUAUGCCACUCACUCCAACUACCAAUAAGAUAUUCAAUGACAACACUUUUGCAAAAAUGAAGAAGGGAGUUCGCAUCGUCAACGUUGCUAGAGGAGGAGUUAUUGACGAAGAUGCAUUACUAAAAGCCCUUGAUAAUGGAAUAGUUGCUCAGGCAGCUCUUGAUGUCUUCACAGAGGAGCCCCCAUCCAAAGACAACAAAUUAGUGCUGCACGAGAAUGUCACUGUCACGCCUCAUCUUGGAGCUAGCACCAAAGAGGCACAGGAGGGUGUAGCUAUUGAAAUAGCAGAGGCUGUGGUUGGGGCGUUGAACGGGGAACUUUCAGCAACUGCUGUCAAUGCUCCCAUGGUUGCUCCUGAGGUGCUGUCAGAACUGGCUCCAUAUGUGGUGCUAGCUGAGAAGCUGGGGAGGCUAGCUGUUCAGUUGGUAUCUGGUGGAAGUGGAAUCAAAUCUGUAAAGGUAGUUUAUCGAUCAGCUCGGAGCCCAGAUGACUUGGACACUAGACUUCUGCGAGCCAUGAUCACAAAGGGCAUCAUUGAGCCAAUUUCAAAUACAAUUGUCAACCUUGUAAAUGCAGAUUUCAUUGCUAAGCAGAAAGGGCUUCGCAUAAGUGAGGAAAGAAUAGUUGUUGAUUCAUCUCCUGAGAUACCUGUUGAGUCAAUCCAGGUACAGAUAUCAAAUGUGGAGUCCAAAUUUGCAAGUGCUGUAUCAGAGAGUGGUCAGAUCAGCAUUGAUGGAAAAGUAAAGUAUGGUAUACCCCACCUGACAUGUGUGGGGUCUUUUGGUGUGGAUGUGAGCUUAGAAGGGAACUUAAUAUUAUGCCGACAGGUUGAUCAGCCUGGCAUGAUUGGACGUGUUGGAAACAUUUUGGCACAACAAAGUGUGAAUGUGAGCUUUAUGAGCGUGGGAAGGACAUAUCGCAGGAAGAUGGCUAUUAUGGCUAUUGGUGUGGAUGAAGAACCAAACAAGGAGGCUCUUGACAAUAUAGGAGCAGUGCCUGCCAUUGAAGAGUUUGUAUUUCUCAAGCUCUAGUUUACACACACACACGCAUAUAUAUGAUGGAUUCAGCCAUUGAGCUUUAGGAAAGUACAAUAGAUAUUUGAUUAAAAAGAGUUUUUAAACAUAUGCGUUGUUUGUAAGUUGUAACUCUCUGAAGUGCUCAUGCACAUUAGAUGAUGCAGAACUGUUUUUUGCGUAGAGGUAUUUUAGUGGACAAC